AUGGAGAGAGAAUUCUUGAACAAAUUCUAUAGCACUUGUUGCACCGUGAGUAUGAUGGAACACACAAAUACCAAGCAAUGGAAAGAUGAACCUGUCAUCGAUUACAUCAAUCGGUGGCGCUCGUUAAGCCUGGAUUGCAAGGAUAGGCUUUUGGAGAUAUCAGUAGUUGAGAUGUUCAUUCAAGGGAUGCAUUGGGGGUUACUCUACAUUCUACAAGGGAUUAAAGCUCGCACGUUUGAGGAGCUAGCCACUCAUGCCCAUGAUAUGGAGUUAAGUAUAGCUAGCCAUGGAGGAAAUCAUGAGCCUGUCAUGGAGCAUAAAAAGGAGAGUUUUUGGACAAAAGAUAGAUAA